UUUCCUUUUCUUUAAGAAAGAUGCUGCCGCCGCCAUAGUCCGAUAGAUUUCUUUUUGCUGGUCUGCGGUGGAAGUGCUGCAAAAUGGCUGACAUAUUAAAAAUAUACACAAGAUAUCGAAGUUGUUUAUGGAUUCUACUGUUGACCUUAAGUGUCAAAUACGCAAAUGGACUCACAUGUUACUGUCAAGGACAUUGUCCUUAUGACAAUUUCAAUGGCACAUGUGAAGCUAGACCUUUUAGCCAGUGUUUUGCUGCAGUAGAAGAGGUUUACAAUCCAGACACAGGUUUACCAGAACCUGAAUACACAUAUGGCUGUUUGCCACCUGAAGAAAAGGGUCUCAUGCAGUGCAAGGGGCACCUUGUUCCACAUCUAGUACCCAAAUCUAUACAAUGUUGCCACGAGUCAGAUCAUUGUAACCGAUUGCUGUCACCAAUGUACGAAAUUCGGAGUACUACUCCGGAUCCUAAUUCAGGCUUUGGAUCUGAUCAAAAUGUUCACUACUUGGCCUUGCUAGUUUCUGGAACAGCCAGCGUGAUCAUUCUCUUUGUUAUGGUUGUAUGUGUUUAUGUUCAUUACAAAAGGAAAGAGGAUAAGCGACAAGUUUCUAUCAUUAAAGCCCCUUGUGCACCCUACCUUGGAGGAAAUUCAACAAUCAAAGAUAUGGUGGAUCACAGCCAAAGUUCUGGAUCAGGUUCUGGGUUACCUUUACUGGUUCAAAGAACAAUUGCAAAGCAACUGGUUAUGGGCCAUUCUAUUGGUAAAGGACGCUACGGUGAAGUGUGGAUGGCCAAAUGGCGGGAAGAAAAAGUUGCUGUCAAAGUGUUCUUCACGACGGAAGAAGCUUCUUGGUUUAGGGAAACAGACAUUUAUCAGACUGUACUCAUGAGGCAUUCACACAUUCUCGGUUUUAUUGCUGCCGACAUUAAAGGAACGGGCUCGUGGACUCAAAUGCUUCUUAUUACCGACUAUCACGAGCUUGGAUCUUUGCAUGACUUUUUGCAGCAAUAUGCGCCUGACGGGGUAGCGGCUGGAAGAUUAGCUUUUACUGCCGCUAGUGGCCUGGCACAUCUGCACACGGAAAUUUUCGGCACUAGAGGGAAACCAGCCAUUGCCCAUCGAGAUAUCAAGAGUAAGAAUAUCUUGGUAAAAAGAGAUUGGACUUGCGCCAUAGCCGAUUUUGGCUUGGCUGUCAGAUACAUCAGUGAGUCCCAAGAAAUUGAUAUUGCACCCAACACACGCGUUGGAACUCGUCGCUAUAUGGCUCCUGAAGUAUUGGAUGAAAGCCUUAACAAGUUUGCCUUCGAAGCCUUUAAGGCUGCAGACAUAUAUUCCUUUGGUCUGGUCUUGUGGGAAAUCGCUCGACGAUGUAAUACGGCCUCCAGCACAAUCAGCGAAAUCAUUACAGACGAGAGCCAAGAGAAAUUGGUCACCUACGGUCCUGAUGACUACCAGCAACCGUAUUACGAUUGCGUUCCAUCUGAUCCGUCAUUCGACGACAUGUACAAUGUGGUGUGUGUAAAGAAAGUAAGACCGGAUAUUCAACCACACUGGCUCGCUGAAGAGCCCCUCAAAACACUAGCUCAAGUAAUGCAAGAAUGUUGGCACCAGAAUCCGGCCGCCCGUUUGACGGCUCUACGCGUUAAAAAAUCUCUGACCCGCAUUAACGACGAAUCUGACAUGUAUAUGUACACCGAAAAAUACAACGACAAAGAAUUGUUACCAUCCGUUUGAUGCUCGGAUGGUCAGCACAUGAGUUUGAAUCUAAUAUGACCAAGGGAUGGUGUUUUUAUCUUACUGGAAACGUUUCUCAAUAUCCAUUUUGUGUGUUUUUGUAAAUAAGUUUUGUGUGUAAAUGGGUUUUCUAAUGUGAAUCUGUUUGCCGUUUAGUUCUGAUAUUGCUCCAUUGCAACUGCCGUGCCAUUAAUACUUGUUGCCUCAAGCCUGAAACGGAUCCAAACAAAAAUUGUUGAUGUCUUAACCAAACAAGCGUCUUCUCCAGCUCAUUUUAUUACUCUCCAAUUGCUUCUCGAAAUCGUUUUAUUGGCCUUAAACGUGUAAAUACAAUGAACUGAAUCAACGUA